AUGUCUUCAGGAGAAGAACCCAUUAAUUGGUUAGAGAAUGAAGAUAAUGUCAAACAUUAUGAAUAUUCAGAAUUUAAGGACGUACGACUAAUAGGAACUGGCGCUUUUGGAAAUGUUUUUUGUGGUCAUUUAGAAAAUAAGACUUACGCCUUAAAAUCAUUUAAUAAUGAUGAUGAACAAACUCUCAAAAGUAUUGUUAAAGAGCUAACGUUACAUACGAUCGUUCAUCUUCACGAAAAUAUUAUACAAUUCUUUGGAAUCACGAUAGAAACCGACACAAUACGUCAAGUAAAAAAGUACUCGCUAGUAUUAGAAUAUGCUGAUAGUGGUUCAUUAAAAACUUAUUUAAAGAAGCACUUCAGUGAACUUGGAUGGAAUGAUAAAGUUGACUUAGCAUUGCAAUUGGCAAAUGCUAUAUUAUUUUUACAUAAAAACGAUAUUAUUCACCGUGAUUUGCAUGCAGAUAAUAUACUUGUACAUCAAGGAAAAAUUAAAUUAGCAGAUUUUGGUUUGUCAAAAAGAAUUGCCGAACCAACAAGUUUAACAACAGAAAUGCUUGGCGUCGUGCCUUAUAUUGAUCCAAGAAGUUUUAAUAAUCAAUAUAAUGUUUAUCUUAAUCAAAAUAAACAUUACAGCUUAAAUAAAAAAUCCGAUAUAUACAGUAUUGGAGUUAUUAUGUGGCUAAUUUCAAGCGGACGACGACCAUUUUAUCCUGAAGGUGUAAAAUAUGAUAUAAGUCUAGUCUUAUCUAUACGUGACGGUUAUCGAGAAAAAAUUAUUAGUGGUACUCCCGCUGAUUAUAGUAAUUUAUAUACUAGAUGUUGGAAAGGUAAUCCAAAUGAACGUCCAGAUAUACAAGAUGUUGUUUCAGAGCUUCAAACAAUUUUUAAAAGUGAUAUGCUUACGAAUACUCGAACGCAGGUCGAUCUUUUCGAACGAAGGAAAUGUAUUAACAACGAACGAUUUUAG